UGUGCCGUAGGUGCCAGCCUGGAGCAAUGGCUGAGGCAAACUCCACUACACCAGCUGAAUUCCUCCUCCUGGGCUUCUCAGACCUCAGGGCCCUGCGGGGCCCCCUGUUCUGGGUGGUGCUUCUGGUCUACCUGGUCACCUUGCUGGGCAACGCCCUGAUCCUCCUCCUCACGCAGGCCAGCCCCGCCCUGCACUCGCCCAUGUACUUCUUCCUGCGCCAGCUGUCCGUGGUGGAGCUCCUCUACACCACCGACAUCGUGCCCAGGACCCUGGCCGAUCUGGCCUCCCCGCAGCCCCGAGCCAUCUCCUUUCAGGGCUGCGCAGUCCAGAUGUUCGUCUUCAUCGUCCUGGGCAUCUCGGAGUGCUGCCUGCUCACGGCCAUGGCCUACGACCGCUACGCAGCCAUCUGCCGGCCGCUGCGCUACGCCUCCCUCAUGAGCCGGCGGGCCUGCGUGGCCAUGGUGGGCACCUCCUGGCUCAUGGGCAUCGUCACAGCCACCACCCACGCCUCCCUGAUCUUCAGCCUGUCUUUCCCCAGCCGCCCAAUCAUCCCUCACUUCCUCUGCGACAUCCUGCCGGUCCUGAGGCUGGCAAGUGCGGGGAAGCACAGGAGCGAGAUCUCCGUGAUGACGGCCACCACAGUCUUCAUCAUGGUCCCCUUCUCGCUGAUUGUCACCUCUUACGCCCGCAUCCUGGGAGCCUUCCUGGCAAUGGCCUCCACCCAGAGCCGCCGCAAGGUCUUCUCCACCUGUUCCUCCCACCUGCUGGUGGUCUCGCUUUUCUUCGGAACGGCCAGCAUCACUUACAUCCGGCCCCGGGCAGGCUCCUCUGCCACCACAGACCGUGUCGUCAGUCUCUUCUACACGGUCGUCACGCCCAUGCUCAAUCCCAUCAUCUACACCCUUAGGAACAAGGAGGUGGCAGGGGCCCUGCGGCAUGCGGUGAAGAGGCCGGUCCGCUCACCCUGAAGGGGCUCCGGAGGGUGAC